AUGCCAACUCAGCCUCUCUUGGCAUAUAUGGAUGGACCGGAUGGAAUAGCCAGUACCGUUGGUGCACAGAUGGAGAAUAAUGAUGCCUCAAUGACAAUAAAAGGAACAAACACAAUUUCUUACAAAAGCUUGCAAGAAAAGUUUCUCAUGCAAGCUGAGGGAUGCAUGCCUCUGGACUGCAUGUUUUGUGACGAGACUUUUAAACAUCCUGAAGAACUUGGAAAGCAUGUUUUAACUCAGCAUAGGCCCACUCUUUGUGAACCAGCUGUCCUGCGUGUUGAAGCAGAAUAUCUUAGUCCUCUAGAUAAAUGUCAAGUAAGAAAAAACUUGUCUUCGCCAAACAAUGAAAAGGACAGUGAAGAACUUAGUUGUGAAGUUUGUGGACAGACAUUUAAUGAGGCUUUUGAUGUUGAGGCACACAUGAAAAAGCAUAAAGAUUCCUUCACGUAUUGGUGUAAUGUAUGUGGUAGAAGAUUUAAAGAGCCAUGGUUCCUCAAAAAUCACAUGAGAACGCAUACUGGGAAGCCUGGUUCUAGAAACAAGCACCAACAAAGUUCCGAAAGCCCCAUGACAAUAAAUGAAGUGGUGCAGGACCAUGUAACUGAAAAUGUAACAUCACCUUACAAAAUCUGUAUGGUUUGUGGUUUUCUGUUUCUCAAUAAAGAGACUCUAAUUGAGCACAGUAAAGUGCACACCAAAGAAUCAGUACCCAGUGGUGAAAGCCCCCAAGUGACUGGUGAACCUAAUGCAGAAGAAACAUCUCAAAGAGAGGAAUUUUUCCGAUUCUUGAACUUAAGACCAAACGUGGCUCCAGAAAAUGACAAAAAACCUGUGAAAUGGAUAGCUCAACUAGAUCCUUUCAACACAUAUCAAGCAUGGCAGCUGGCUACCAAAGGUAAAGUUGCAGUUGGCCAUGGCCAAACUAAAGAACUAGGGCACGAAGGAAGUACAGACAAUGAUGAUUCAUGUUCUGAUAAAGAAGAACUUGGUGAAAUUUGGAAUGCAAAUAAAAGGAGCCAGACUGAAACUACAGGGAAGUCAAAAGUAAAUAAAAACAGCAGUUAUACAGGGAAUGGUAACUUAUCCAAACUGAAACAUCAUGGUGGUGAAGUGCCUUCUAUGGAGAUGGAUUCUAAGUUAUCCCAGAACAAAGAGAAACCAACGCACUGUUCAGAGUGUGGUAAAGCCUUCAGAACAUACCACCAGCUAGUCCUGCAUUCCAGAGUACAUAAGAGAGACAGGCGGACUGAUGGAGAGCCUUCAGCUGCUUCAAGGACGUGCUGUGAUAUAAUUGCGAGUCUGGAUGAAAGUGGAGCAGGAGAACGAAUAGAAGGAGGCUCUGAAGAUGGAUCUGAAGAUGGGCUUCCAGAAACACUUAAUUUAGAUAAAAAUGAAGAUGGUUUGGAAAGAGCAAAAGUUAAAAACCUUGGAGCCUCCAGAGAAUGCAGCUAUUGUGGAAAGUAUUUUCGCUCAAAUUAUUACCUCAAUAUUCAUCUCCGAACUCAUACAGGUGAAAAACCGUACAAAUGUGAAUUCUGUGAGUACGCAGCAGCACAGAAAACUUCACUGAGGUAUCAUUUAGAGAGGCAUCACAAGGACAAGCAAGCUGAUAGUGCAGCAGACAUGAAAAGUGACAGCAAAGUUUCAUUACAGAGUCAGGAGACGGCGCUCUUGCUGGCUGCUGAUGGUGCUCAAGAAACCAAAAAUUUGAAGAGGCUUUUUGAAUGUGCCAAAGAUAUUGGAGGCUGCCCACCUACCAAGCAGCAAAAGGAAGUUCUGUCCUUGAACAAUGCAAUAGGCAGCACAGUCCUUUUAAAAACGAAAAAUAAUUCUAGGGAGUUGAACAAAGGUUUCGUUUGUAACAAUUCAAAUCAAAUACACGAGAAUGUGUCCACUCCUUACCUGGAAAAACUAAAGGCUGAGAAGGAAACAAAGGAAGCUCAGCCCAAUGUUCCUCAUAAAAGAGAGAGAGGGGCUUCUGUGGGAUCAGAGGGAGAUGAUGUCCAGUAUGUUUGUGCUAUAAAGGAUGGAAAAAAUGUGAAUGGUGUGCGAGAGUGCACUGAAAACUACGAACGCAAGCGUAUGGUGAACUCUCAAGAAAAGCCUUUGGACUUAUCUGUUGGGACUUCACGAGAAUGUUCAGUGGCUUCAACUAGAGACCUGCUAGCACCCAGAACCUGCCCGUUUUGUACUUACAGAACAUUUUACCCAGAAGUCCUAAUGAUGCACCAGAGGCUGAUACACAAAUACAAUCCUGACACCGUUAACAAAAAUGGCUGUAGAAGCAAGGCUCUAGCUAAAGCCAGACGCACUGGAUGCCCUCCAGCUCUGCUUGGUAAAGAUGUGCUUCCUCUGUCUUUUAAUUCUAAUAAAAGUAAGACUUCCCCAUCUACACAGCAAAAACUGUCGCAAACAGGAAAAGCUAAACAAUCUCACACUCCACAGAACAAAGUCCCUCUCUUUUCAGUGGCUGACUCAAGCAGCACAGCCCCAAGUAACCUCAAGUUUCAUAAACAGCAAAGUAAUAUUGGAGCUCAGGCAAAUAACUAUAGACAACCUCAGCAAGAAAUGCACUCCAGUUCCAGUAUCUCUCCAGUAGUGGACAGAGUAAAAAGAUCUGAAUCUAAAGUAAAAGCUCUAAGUGCCCCAGUGUCUCAGUCCAGUUUAGUGAGCAGCAGUACAAGUGGGGCUCUCGACUCUCAACUAAAUGAAUCUGCCUGGUCUUCUCAUCGAGGAAGAGACUAUCAUUGUGGUAAACCUGUGAGCAGUGUAAAUCUAGAUUAUGGUGAAACAUCUGCUAAACGAAUGAAACCUAAUGUGUUAGCUGUGGAACAUACUGACUCUCCAAUGGCUAAUUACAGAAGAUACGAAAUGAGCAGAUUUCGUGUUGCAAACAGAUAUGCAAAUCUGCUACCUCAGGAAUGUUCUCGCACCAAACCUGCAUCCUCUGUUUUGCCAACCAAACAAGGGCUUCUGAAUUCAGAUGAUGUUGAUCCGCCUAAUGCAUUGACUGUUCUCAAACCCUAUGAACCAUAUAGCUCUGGAUCACUUUACAGUUCUUGUGGAUCUAGCAAUGGCCAAGUAACCAGCUCUGCAGUAGAAGGAAAGAGAUCGGUGUCAUACCAACACUUAUCUAGCAGUGUGCUACAAAAGCGAAGUUACGAAAGUUUCAUUGGUAACGCACACUUUCAACCAAAUGACAAGAAGACUUAAUCAUUUACUUCAACAAAUGGUCUAAGGACACAAGUGCAUGUUUUAUGGAGUUAUACCUGCAGUUCAUCUUUGAGGAAGAAUGGAUGGUGAAAGCUACUGAACUAAGCUGUGAUUGUACUGUGUAUAAAAACACUACAGUUCUAUAAUACUGUCUCUGUUAACAUUUUGUACCAAAUAGCCAUAAAAAUUUAGUCUAAACAAUUGGAUUAUGAAGGUGUGUGGAGAAUGUAUAUCUUGGCAUUGACUUUUAAGUAUUUUUCAUUAGACUUAAUUGACCAAAUAUUAGGUAGGAAUUAUAUUUUUACAUACUUGAGCGCUGCUGAAGAGUUUCUCUUUAAAAGAAUAUAUAUAUCAUUGCACCUCAGGUAAACUGUAGAUACUGAAGUUGAAAUCCUGUUGGCUUAAUGCUCCUUUUUCAUAAAGGUGAAAGUUUCUCAUCUGUGUUUUUUCUGUUGAAAGAUGUCAGUUUUGUCCAACAACUUCCAAAUUAACUGUCUGAAACUGUCCGGUUUAUAAAUGUUGUGAACAUCAAAGCAAUGGUGCUGACAUUAUGCUGAUCUGCCUUGUAUAUGUUAGGACCAUAAUGUGCUGGAGGGAUCUGUUUCCUCGGGUUGUUUCCAGCGUAUUUUUAAAUGCAAGAAUGAGGCAAUACUUGACAUUUGGAUUUCAGUAUGGCGUUCCUGAAAUACGGUUGGAUUCUUCUCUUGGCAUUGGCUGCUGUUCUUCAGAGAAGCCUCUUAAACAUCUCUACGAACAUCUAUACAAACUUUUACAGCAGAAAAUACCUAGGACUUCCGUGAGAAACGAUACUAAUCUAAAUGUUUCAAAUGUUUAGUUUUGUACUAAACUCAGUACAGUUACAUUUAGAGGAAAACUGCUUUGCACCUUUUUCCAAACUGUAAAGUCACAAACAAACAGACUUGCAAUAUGAGUAUGGGAUCUACAGACUUCAAAAGGGAUGUGGCUAUGGUGUAGCCUGCUUGGAAGUUUCUUGAUGUCGAGUUUUAGCAUUUACUGGGUGUUUAAAGUAAGUGAGAAAUAACCUGUUGAUGAGAGAAUAUCUCCUUUUAUUUUUUUGUGAAGACAACAAGAGUUUUUUCUAAUGCACAUGCAGUUUAAUUUUUGUAAAGGGAAGAUGGCCAGUUACCAGCCAGUAAAGCAGAAUUAUUGCAUAUUUUUGACUUGCAUUCCUCGUUGCUUCUCAUAAAGCCUGUAGUUAAGAGUUAAUUUCUUCUGUACCUGGCUUUGACUUCCAUAUAUUUUAGUAAAACAAAAAAUGAAAAUUUUUGCACUGUUCAUUUUGCUCUCUUCCCUCAUACAGCAAAUGUAAAAUAGCAAAACCUAGAAACUCUUGUUUUUUCAUUAUGCAACUUGAGAUGUUCCAGUUUUAUGUCUUAGUUCCUGUAUAUGGGACCUAUUUUUAAUGUCUCUGUAAACUGGCGAUGUAAUGAAGUGCUGUGUAUCAGGAAAUUGUACACUAUUUACCUUUUUUCCUGUUCAUAAGCUGAGCCAUAUGUACAUAAUCUAGAUUUUUGUUUUCCUAGUUUUGCACUUUUAUAGCCUAUUUUUUGAAGAUGAAUUCACUUGGAAAUGGUUAAUCUAUUUUUUUGCGUGAUCUUUCAAUGAGUCUUAUAGAAUGCAUGCAGUAACUAUCGUCUGUGUACCUUACGGGGUUCUGUGAUUAAAAUGUACGGGGCUGGUUUUUAAGAUGUUUCAGCAAACAGACCUAAGACUUGUUUGUUUGUUUUUAAUCUCCCUUCAUGCUGGUACACUUUCCCUCAAGGCUUGCUU